AUGACAGUCAAAAAUAAAACAGAAGAAAAUAAAAAAGAAAAGGCAGAUCCAACACCAGCACCCAAUGAUGAUUUGUCUGAAGAAGAUAAACGUCUACAAGAGGAGCUAAAUAUGCUCGUCGAAAAACUUGUGGGUAGCGAAGUUGAUCUUUACUUACCGGCACUACAGAUGUUAACUAAUCUAAUAAGAACAUCUACGACUUCUAUGACAUCCGUCCCUAAACCAUUGAAAUUUUUGAGAGAGCAUUAUCCAGCUUUAAAAGAAGUGUAUGAAAAAAUCGAGGAUGAAAAAACAAAGAAAUUUUGCGCUGAUGUUGUCUCCGUACUUGCAAUGGGCGUUAGUGGUUCUCCUGAUGCAGCAGAAAAAAGAGAGUGUCUUAAAUAUUGCUUGCUGGGAACUAUGUCUAACGUAGGUGAAUGGGGUCAUGAAUAUGUAAGACAACUUGAAGGAGAAAUUGCAGAAGAAUGGAAUAUAGAGAACAUGAACUCACUAAUGCCAUUGGUGCGUGAUGUUGUUGCCUUUGAUAUGCAACAUUCUGCUGAAAUUCAGGCUUGUGAUCUACUUAUGGAAAUAGACCGUUUAGAUUUACUGUCUCAACAUAUGGACCAGAGUAAUUAUCCUAGAGUGUGCCUGUACUUAAUAGGAUGUGCAAGCUAUGUAGUUGAACCUGAGUCAACCCAGAUUCUCCAAGGAGUUCUUGACACAUACUUACGUUUUGGAGAGUAUCCACGAGCGCUUCUUGUAGCCAUGCAGUUACAUGACAAGGCCAAAUGUGAAGAAGUAUUUAAUGCCUGUAGUGAUCCAUUGAUAAAAAAACAACUUUGCUAUAUGUUGGCUAGACAAUAUGUACCUCUAGAGUUGGAAGAUGAAGAUUUGAGAACCAUUCUUUUAAAUGCUCACAUAAAUGACCACUUUCUAAGUCUAGCUAGAGAACUUGAUAUUAUGGAACCUAAAACCCCUGAAGAAGUUUACAAAACUUGGUUGGAGUCAGCAGGUUCUGCACUCCGUCCUUCACUGUUGGCAGAACACCCAGUAGAUUCUGCACGUCAAAACUUAUCAGCUACAUUUGUAAAUGCUUUUGUAAAUGCUGGUUUUGGUAGAGACAAGCUAGUUACAACUGAGGAUGGAAACAAGUGGAUGUAUAAGAACAAAGAUCAUGGUAUGCUAUCAGCUGCAGCGUCACUUGGUAUGAUUCAUUUAUGGGAUGUAGAUGGAGGGUUAACUCCCAUUGACAAGUACUUGUAUACUGCAGAGGAACAUAUUAAGGCAGGAGCAUUACUUGCGCUUGGUCUUGUUAACUGCGGUGUGCGAAAUGAUUGUGAUCCAGCACUAGCAUUGUUGUCCGACUAUGUCUUGCACUCAAGUGCUAAUUUGAGGAUUGGUAGUGUGUUAGGUCUGGGCAUAGCGUACGCGGGCACGCAGCGCCAGGAGGUGCUGUCGCAUCUGCUGCCCGUGUUGGCGGACACGACCGCGCCUCCCGAGAUCUGCGCGCUCGCCGCCGUCGCCUGCGGCCUCAUUGCGGUGGGCUCCUGUAACGGCGAUGUAACUUGCGCUAUCAUCCAGCGUUUGAUUGAAGACAACAAAGAACUUCACUCAUCUACAUAUGCCAGAUUCUUACAUUUGGGACUUGGAUUAUGUUUCUUGGGUUGCAAGGAACGCACGGAGGCGACCAUGGCGGCGUUAGAGGUGCUGCCGGAGCCGCAACAGUCGCUGUGCCAGACCACGCUGUCAAUGUGCGCAUACGCCGCCACCGGCGACGUGCUCGUCGUGCAGCAGAUGCUGCAUAUAUGCUCCAAACAUUAUGAUACUGAUAAUGAACAAUCAUCAGCUGAGGAUACUGCUUUCAAGAAACAGGAUAAGAAAGAAUCCAAAGAGGGUAGUAGCAGCAGCAGCAGCAGCAGUGCAAGUGGAUCUAAAGAUGACAAAAACAAAAGUAAAUCAAAGGAGAGUAAGAGUAAGGAUAAAGAAAAGGAGAAAGAAAAGGAGGCCAACAAGGAGCUCUCGUCGGUGCAGGCCGUCGCCACCCUUGGGGUUGCCGUCAUCGCGCUGGGCGAAGAGACUGGUGCCGAAAUGUGCACACGCAUAUUUGGACAACUGGGUCGGUACGGCGAGCCGGCGGUGCGGCGCGCGGUGCCGCUCGCCAUCGCGCUGUGCUCCGUGUCCAACCCGCAGCUGUCCGUCAUCGACGUGCUCAACAAGUACUCGCACGACUCCGACAACGACGUCGCAUACAACGCCAUCUUUGCUAUGGGCUUGGUCGGCGCUGGCACUAAUAAUGCGAGACUAGCGACAAUGCUGCGCGCGCUGGCGCUGUACCACGGCAAGUCCCCGGUGCACCUGUUCAUGGUGCGGCUGGCGCAGGGGCUGUGCCACGCCGGCAAGGGCACGGUCACGCUCAGCCCGGCGCACGCCGACCGCCGCCUCGUCAACCAGCCCGCGCUCGCCGGCCUCCUCGUUGUGCUCACGGCUUUCCUCGACUGUAAGAACAUCAUUCUUGGCAAGUCACACUACUUGUUGUAUGUGUUGGCUACAGCUAUGCAGCCACGGUGGCUGGUAACACUUGAUGACAAUCUUCAGCCUCUGAAUGUGAGCGUAAGAGUUGGACAGGCUGUAGAUGUUAUUGGCAAGGCAGGAACACCUAAAACCAUAGCUGGAUCUCACACGCACACCACACCCGUUUUGCUUUCAUUUGGCGAAAGAGCUGAAUUGGCCACUGAUGAAUACAUUCCACUGUCUCCUGUUAUGGAAGGUUUUGUCAUUCUCAAGAAAAAUGAGGACAGUGUCAUGGCAUCAGUUCAA